CUGACUUCCGCAUCUCACAUGAAUGAUCUGCCUCUGCCUCAGCGAUUCUUCUUCUCUGCAUGUAAAAGUAAAGUUUUAUGAACGUGGCUACUCUCUUGACCUACAGUAUCAGAGGAGGGGGAAUCAAUAUGAUGUCGUCAGUCCUUUGUCAGAGAGGAGCACUGCAUGAACAACACAACAUCCUGGAGACUCCUCUUUCUGUCAGCUCAGACAGUAGCAUCCCUCCCUGCAUAGGAACACACUCCGUGAAGAAGCAAACAUGUGUGCUUGCUGAAUGUUCAGAAAAUGGCCAGAUUUAGACGUAAAUCUUGUUUGGCGUUGCUGGCAUUGGCAUCUGUUAUUUUCAUAAUCAUAGUCAUUUUGAAAUCCUCAUCUGAACAGGCCUUGGACUUGCCAGAUGCAUUAGGUCCGGAGCUGUUUCCUCAUGCCAGCAGACAGGAAAAACCUGUAAAACAGUUACGAACUGACAGACCAACCCCUGACGCAGACACUAAAGAGGUCAAUAAUAUGAAUCAGGAGACCCUUCUGGAGAAGUACCCUCCGCCCAAUUAUAACGUUCACGCCUUCUACUACACCUGGUACGGCAAUCCGCAGUUCGACGGGAAGUACCUCCACUGGGACCACCCCCUGCUUCCACACUGGGACCCCAAGGUGGCGGCUGCGUUUCCCACGGGGCGACACUCGCCUCCUGAUGACAUCGGGGCUAACUUUUACCCCAGCCUGGGGGCAUAUAGCUCCCGGGACCCCUCCGUCAUCGACGCCCACAUGCGCCAGAUGCGGGUGGCGGCCAUUGGUGUGCUGGCCAUCUCUUGGUAUCCACCUGGUCUGAAGGAUGACAACGGUGACAUAACAGAUGGCAUCGUGCCCCUGGUGUUAGAUACGGCUCACAAAUACCAGAUUAAGGUGACGUUUCAUAUUGAACCCUUUAAAGGACGGGAUGAGAGGACUAUGUUUGAGAGCGUCAAAUACAUUGUGGAAAAAUAUGGAGAGCACCCGGCUUUCUUCAGGUACAAAACAAAGACCGGAAGGACCUUGCCCUUGUAUUACGUUUAUGACUCCUAUCUGCUGAGUCCAGAAAACUGGGCUCUUUUUUUAAAGCCCAAUGGGAAGAACAGCGUCAGGAAUACACCUUACGAUGGGAUCUUCCUGGGUCUCAUGGUCGAGGAGAAGCACAAGAGAUCCAUCUCGUCUUCCGGCUUCGACGGCAUGUACACUUACUUUGCCACCAACGGGUUCACCUACGGCUCCUCCUACCGCAACUGGAGGUCCAUCAAGGCCUUCUGCGACGCCAACGACCUGAUCUUCAUACCCAGCGUCGGCCCGGGUUACAUCGACACCAGCAUCCGGCCGUGGAACUCGCAGAACACGCGGAACCGCAUUAAGGGCAGGUACUACGAGACUGCCCUCGGUGCCGCGGUGGACGCAGGUGCCCGGGUCGUCUCCAUAACCUCCUUCAACGAGUGGCACGAGGGCACACAGAUAGAGAUGGCAGUGCCCAAGUCAGGGGGCACUGCCUACUUGGACUACUUACCACACAAGCCAGGCAUCUACUUACAAAUAACUCGAAAGUGGGCAGAUAAAUUCAGUGAUGAAUGAAAGGUUGUUUUGACAACCAGAUGUCAAACUGUGAAUGUGAUAAAGAUUAAACUGUGAAUGAGAUUUUUCAUAAUGAAGCAGCAAUUGCUGCCUAGUGAUCUCUCCUUUUGUUGAGCCAAGUGACUUGAAAUACUUUUGAAAGUGAACCUAAAAUGUACACUAUAAUCAUGGUUUGGGGAUAUGGAUGUCCCGUGAAAGAAUACCCAGUGUGCUCUGUCUAACUUCCUGAUUUAUCUUAAUUCUAAAAAGAUACUCAAUGCUCCAAUAAAUAAGGUGUUCUUUAUUGUU